AAUAAAAUUUGACUCGACUCCGCUCCGCUCAUUUGCCCUACUAUUCGUCUAUUCCGACCCCUUUCUUCUUCCAUUUAUACUUCAGGAUAGUAGUAAAACGUCAAAACUGGGGCGGCCACUGAACCGGAUGCAAUAAAAUCCCGAGAAAAGCUAAAAGAGGAAUCGAUAAUGGUCGGUCUGAAAUCCAUCUGGGAGCCAAAAACUGAACAGAAAAUGGCUCAGCCCUAUGAGGCUCUGACGACACUGUUCUCUCCCUUCCCCUCCUCCUCCGCCACAGCCAACAACAAUUCCUCAUCAGCUCGCAUCCUCCUCCUCCUCCCCUCCGAUUCUUCCUCCGCCUCCCGCCACCAUUCCUCCACACCAAAAUCCAUCUCCACGUCGCGCCCGCGACUCGGCUUCCGGAAGCCGUUCCGAUGCCACAGCUGGCGCCGCGGCCGCUACACGGAGGAGGAGGAGGAGGAGGAGGAGGACGCCUCCGGCUCAAUUUCGACGGUGACGUUCGGAGCGGCGGUGGACCAGUUCAACCGGCGGCAGUACUACGAGUGCCACGACUCGCUCGAAGCGCUGUGGAUGGGAGCGGAGGAUGAAGCCAGCAGGACUCUGUUCCACGGGAUCCUCCAGUGCGCCGUCGGAUUCCACCACCUCUUCAAUCAGAACCACAAAGGAGCGAUGAUGGAGCUCGGGGAAGGAUUGUGCAAGCUGAGGAAGCUGGAUUUCCAGACCGGGCCGUUCCGGCGGUUCGAGGAAGAGAUCUCGGCGGUGCUCGAGUUCAUCUACUUGACUCAGCUGCAACUCGCCGCUUGUGAGUCGGAGAGGGCCAAAUUUCGCGGUACAGAGGAUAUUUGUUUGGCGAUGGAUCAAACGGAGAUAUCGUACCAACUGCUGGGAGGGUAUGGCGCCGGGCAGAAGCUGUACGGUCUGGAGACGGAGCUGAGUGGAGGCGGCGGGGUGAGUACUUUCGUCACGUUUGUGCCGCCAUUGACGUCCGGCGACAAGCAGAAGGUGAAGCUUCCUACACUUGGCGCAACUCAUGAACACCUCCUUGCCAUAACUCGACGACGGUAGAAGAACAUCAAUCCAAAAAUUGUUGUAUAGAAAGUAAAAAGGGCUAAAUUACACGUUUGGUCACUUAAAUUAUACAAAUCUUUCAUGUUUG